CGAUACCUCUCCAGACCUCUUCCUUGGAACACCAAUUGGCCUCCCAUUCAAUUGAAAAUGGCAGCAUCACUCAGGCCUACAAGUCGCCUCCUCCUUACUCUCAACCACAUCCAGGGCUCCCAGCGCUCCUUCAGUGCCACGCGCAAUGCCCAGCAGGAGCUCAAGCACAUCGGAGUCAUCGGAGCUGGCCAAAUGGGUCUCGGUAUCGCGUUGGUCGCUGCCCGAGUCGCCAAAAUCCCGGUCUCGUUGGUUGACAGUAACCAAGCCUCAAUCGACAAGAGCAUGAAGUUCAUGGAGAAACUCCUCCAGAAAGAUGUCUCCCGCCAGAAACUCUCGAACUCCGAGGCGGAUGAGAUUCGAUCCCGCAUCAAGACAUCAACGGACAUGUCCUCCGCACUCUCCUCCGCCGACUUCGUAAUCGAAGCAGUCCCCGAGAUCCUAGCGCUAAAGCAAUCCAUCUUCUCCCAACUCGCAGAGAUUUGCCCACCUCACGCCAUACUUUCUACCAACACCUCCUCCAUCGGAAUCACCAAAAUCGCUGCUGCGGCGACGGGUGCCGAGUCAAGGGUGAUUGGGUUCCACUUUAUGAACCCCGUGCCUGUGAGCAAGGCCGUGGAGGUUAUUCGGGGUAUCCAGACAAGCGACGAGACACUCCAGAAGACACUGGAACUAGCAAAGGCGAUGGGAAAGAAGCCGUGUACGAGUGUUGACUCGCCCGGGUUUUUGGCGAACCGGAUGUUGAUUCCGUAUAUCAAUGAGGCUAUUAUCUGUCUCGAACAGGGCCUCGGCACGAAGGAAGAUAUUGACAACAUCAUGACUGGCGGGUGUGCUAUGCCCAUGGGUCCCCUUGCACUUGCCGACUUCAUCGGUCUCGACACAUGUCUCGCCAUCGCGAACGUCAUUCACAAGGAUACUGGUGACACCAAGUACAGACCCAGUAUCUUGCUUGCGAAGAUGGUUGAUGCUGGGUGGCAUGGUGUCAAGAGCGGUAAAGGAUUCUAUGAGUAUGAGAACGGGAGGAAGAAGGAGUAAACGUGGGUGGUAACAAGGAAGUGGUGUAGGAUAAACGUCUCUGUAAUACCCUCGAUCUUGAUCUGAUGUACAACACAAACUCUUGCUCGCUCGCGAAAUCCCAAUGUACCAUGUAGAAAAACAAAUAAACGCCGUUUUUGUAAACCCAAUUGCAAG